AUGUGGGAGCCUGGUCCGACGGUUUUCACCGACACCGGGGGGUCUUCUGACCUGUCUGCGGUGCAAGCGGACGAGGACUCUAGCUACAAGGCUGAGGAGACUUCGUUCGUUGGCUUCGCCGGAGAUGCGGUGGUCUUUAGCGAAGGGACUCUGUAUCUCGACGAUUGCAACUUCAGCGGCAGCUCUGCCUCGGUGCUGGUCUACUCGGAAGGGAAUUCCUCCACCGUCGUGCGGAAUGCCGUCCUGGGGGACUACAACUAUUUCGACGUGGCGGAGGCGGCUUCGACCGCGAACGUGAUCCCUACGGCCCACUCGCUGAUCAAUGUGAAUGUCACCUGCGAUGGAUGGAUGCCGUUCUCGUCGACCCCUCCCUGCAGCGAGGGGUCCCCGUGUAUCGACGGAGACCUCGGGGUGUACUGCCAGUGCUACACGCGGGAGUCUUCAAUUGCAAAGGGUUCCCCCUCCGAGACGUGCGUCACGGGAGACCCGGGGCUGCUUAGCCUCACAGUGCUGUCGGAACCCGCCGACGCCGUCUUCCCUACCAUGCUCGACGGAGAACUCCUCCUUACCCUUAAUGACGAUGAAACGGUCACCACCAGCAGCAGUGCAGGGGGCUCCGGGGUAGCCUUGUCGGCUGGGGCGGGAACGGAAGGCGGCGUGAUUUGGAACGUUUCGGCGUUGCUGUUGUCUUCGGAGGAAGGGUUGAUGGAGUGGACGGUAUUUCCGUCGACCGGUCUGCUGCUCCCGGGGCGGAGCAUCACACUCCACGUGGUGACCCUCCCCAGCGAAGACUUCAACGGAGAGGCCACCGUGAGCUUCCAGGCGGACGGGAUGUCUCCUCCCGCUUCUCUUGUCGCCAAGGCCGCCGCUGCUGUUGUCGUCCAGACCACUUCAUUGGCGGAUGAUGGGGAGGGGGAGAUAGCCGCUGCUUCCUUCGACGUGUCCUUCGUCCAUUGCGAAAGCGGGACAUACUGGAACAACUCGUGCGAUCCGGAAGGCGACUCCGUCUCUUGCUGCGAGCUGUGCACGGAUGUCGGUGGAGACGAAGAUGGGGUGAACUGCGAGAUUGACGGCGCGACGACCCGAACCCUCCCCGUCCAGCCGGGGUACUGGCGAGCUUCGCUGGAUUCCGACUACAUCCGCCAAUGCUUCAACGAGGACGCCUGCCAAGGUGGAAGAAUCGUCGCCAGCGAGCAGGAGUACUGCAACGCCGGCUACGAGGGGCCCCAGUGCGCCGUUUGUGCCUCGGGGUACGGCAGGGGGGUGGCCAACGCGUGCCACCUGUGCACGGCUAGCUUCAAGGGGGGCAUGUACUUUGUUCUUGGUGUUACGGCACUGCUGACGUUCUUCGUGGCCGCACUGCUAGCGGUGUACCUGGUGGGAGGCAGGGGCGCGGUGUCAAACACCUUGACCAACACCCGGGAAUGGGCAAGGACGCUACAGAGGCGCGGCUCCGGCCUGCUCCGCUGGGAGGGGACGACCCGCCGUUUUGACUUUAGAGCCAGCGGGGGGGGCAGCGAGGGUCACCCCACUAAGGGUAGCGGCGCUCUCAAGAGCGUCGGCGAAGAGAGCGAUGGCGGCGAAAGCGGCGGAACCGGCCGGUUCAUGGGGGUAUGGGGUCGCCGAAAGAGCGCCAGCAUCGGGGCCCCGCCUCCCGGCGCUACUGCGACCUCCGCUGCUGCGGCUACAGGCCCAUUGAGCUCCGUCACUGACAUUAAGGGUGGAGGGAGCAAGCCGGACUCUGCCGGCGCCGUGGGAGCCGGCUUUGUUCCCCCUGCUCGGAGCCCUGCCGCCGCCGCCGCUUGGGACGCUGCAGCCGGUAGCGCCCUUGUACACCCCACCAUGCGGCGGGCCGACAAAGAAGGGGAGGCGGACGCGAGCAACAACACAGUGGGGAGCAGCAGCAGCGGCAGCGGCCUACAAUCCUGUGCCGCGCCGGCCGUGCGGGGCCCCGGCAGCGGCGGGAAGGGGGCAUGCGGAGGGCAGCAGCAAGGAGGAGGUGGCGGCGACAGGAAGAAGAAGACGGCCGCGGCCAGGGUGGGGGAGAUGCUGGCGCGUCUGCCCCUGUCCAAGCUCAAGAUCGUCGUAGUCGUGUGGCAGAUAUCGAACGCGUUUGCGGAGAUCACGAAGGUGCCGUUCCCCCCGGUAUACGAGAAAUUCCUGUCUAUCAUCGGGAUAUUCUCGUUCGACCUUGGCUGGAUGAUGUCGGCGGCGUGCCUGACCGCGGGCAUCGACUUCUACGACAAGCUUCUGAUCGUCACCAUUGGACCCGUGGGCCUCCUCCUCCUGCUCGGCUUCACGUUUUACCUCGGCGCCCGGCCUGUCCGCAAGGGGAGGGUAAUUGACACGAGGGCCCGCAGCAACGCCAGCAGCAGUGGGAGCGUGAGUCCUCAUGCACCAGCAGCGAGCGAUUCUGCGCGCGGCACCGCUUCCGCUAGACGGGGGAAGGGGGCUUCGCGUUCUCCGAGGGCGGCGGCAGCGGCGGCGGCGGCGGCGGCGGAGAGGGCACGGCAGGGAAGGGCGAGGCCGUCUGCUAGGAGGGUCUGGAGGAACGGUCCCGGUGACGAGUCGGACCUGGAGCAGUCGUUUGACCAUUGACCUCGCAUCCCUACAAAGCCGGGACGGAGCAUGCCGGGUUCUCAC